ACCUUGCCAGGAGGCAGGAGCCCAGGUGAAACGUGUCUGUUCCGCUCCUCGCCGACUCGCCGUCGAACUCGGGAUGGGAACCACCACCAUGCAAUCCGCCGCCGCUCCAAAACCCCAGCCCGCUACACCCUCCCGGCCGAUGGCGCAGGCCCGCCCUGACCACCCGGCUCCAAUGGCGAUGACGGUGGCGGAGCUGGAGGCAGCCAUCGCCGCCCUGCCCGGCAAGAGGGACGCCCUGCGGGAGGCGUUCGACCGCCUCGCCGCCUGCUCCCCCUCGCCGCUCCCCUUCGCCUGGGAGGACCUCGACGGCCACAUCUCGUCGCUCCAGUCGUCAAUCGCGCUGCGGUUUCGCCAGCUCCGUGUGCUCGAGUCCGCCGGCGCUGCACCCGCUGCUGCCGCGUUGGGUGGAACUCGCGGCGAUGGGAAGGGAGAAAACCAGGAGGAGGUGGAAGAAGAAGAAGAAGAGGAGGAGGAGGAGGCGGCAGAACUGGAGAAGAAGGCCGAUGAGGAUGAGGAGAUACAGGAAGCUUGCAAUGAUGAGAAGGAUGUGAAAGAGGUGGAAGUGAAGGAGGAGGAGGAGGAGGUGGCGGAGCUAGAGAAGAACCAUGAGGAGAUGCACGAAGCCAGUAGCAAUAAGAUUUGCAAUGAUGAAAAGGACGGGAAGGAGACCAGAGAGGUGGAAGUGGAGGAGGAGAUGGCAGAGCUGGAGAAGAAGGCCAAUGAGGAGAUGCAAGAAGCAAACUACCAUAAAAUUUGGGUGGUGGAGGAAGAGGAAGUUGAAGAGGCGGCCAACGUGAAGAUUGGCAAUGAGAUGAAGGAUGAUAAGGAGGCAAGGGAGGACGAGCAGGCCAGUAAGGUGAACGAGCAGGAUCCUAAUAACAAGGAGAUGCAGGUGGUUGAUAAUGAUAAGGACGGGCUGAAUACCAAAGAUGCUUUUAAGGCUUCUCAGGACAAGGAGGAGGAGGAUCAGGAUACCAACAUGGAUGAGACUGCGGCCAAUAUGGUAUCUUUAGUGCAGCACAAAGGGGAGGAGGCUUGCGACAUGAAGCGGGAGAAGGAAGCACAACAGCAGGACGUUCAUGAGAAGGUGGAAGUUACCAAAAAUGCUACGGACCUGGAGGCGGCGGUAGCCAAUGAGGUGUCUGUGGACCAGGGUAAUCGAGCUUUUCCAUGUAGAUCUGAUGAUUGCACCGUAGCAUGUGCAAACAUGGAUGCACAGAGGUUGCUCAAGCUCAUAUGCACCAACACCGAGCUCAAUUCAGAGUUUCAUGCUGCACUUCGCCGUGCUCCAGAUGCUGCAGCACUGGCUCUUCACGUAGUUGAGCUAUUCCUACACAACAAGAUAUUUGUUAAGACCAGGAAGGUCUGGGCAGGCUGUGUUGGGCUAAUUCAAAUGGUACCUCUAGUUGUUACCAAGCCUUCUGCCGACACGAUUGAGCAGGCCAAGCGGGUGGCUAAAGAUUGGAAGGAGAUGAUUGACAAUCCAGAGAGUUGCAAUGGCCUUGGCAGCCUAGCCUCGUGGGGCCUCCUUAACUUCCUUAUUUCCUACAACAUUGUAACUGAGUUUGACAGGAAGGAGAUCUUCUGUCUCUUUGGUAACAUCCCAUGCAAGAAGAAGAGGAAAUCUGUCGUGCUCUUAAAGGGUCUUGGGCUCGGCAAUAGAAUCCCAGAGUUAAUGGACUACUUGAUCAGAAAUGGGCAGCAAAUAGAUGUUAUUUGGUUGGCACACGUUUUAAAUAUGGUGGACAAGUAUCCUCCACUUCAUCUUCUGAAGGGAUAUAUCGAAAAGGCAAAACAGACUGCUAUGGGAAUACCUCAAAAGAAUAUGACACACAAGUUCCAGAUAAUAAAGGAGCUUGACAAUCUAAGAAGGGCACAUAUUUUGGCUAAUAAGAAGGGAAUCACCAACUCCAACCUCUGGACGAGUAUCAGGGAAGAAAUCAACAUUUUGAUAGGUGAGCUUGAAAAACAGAAGCGGAAUUUAGAGAAUCCCUUGACAGCCUCAACUUCAAAUUCACAGCAGCAACAAACAAAGAGUAAGAAGAAGCUUAAGAUAGAGCAGAAGCAGGAGCAUCAAAAGGGACAAGAAAACCAGAUGCGAGGGCAACUGAGUGAGUUGGCAGAGAAGCCGGAGAAGGAACAAAGGAAGCCUCGACAGGAGCAGCAACAGAAAGAAGAAGAUAGGCCGGAAGAGAAGAAACAGAAACAAGAAGAUGAGCCAGAAGAGAAGAAACAGAAACAAGAAGAUGAGCCAGAAGAGAAGAAACAGAAACAAGAAGAUGAGCCAGAAGAGAAGAAACAGAAACAAGAAGACGAGCCGGGAAAGAAGAAACGGAAACAAGAAGAUAAUCCAGAAGAGAAGCAGCAACAGAACAAGCAGAAACGUCAGAAACGGCUGAGGCGACGCACUCACCAGCUACCAACACAGGGUUAUCCUGCAAUGUGGAACGCGGCACUGAGAGGCGACUUGGAUCUUCCACUAUAUGCCGCAAUGCAUGGAGUCCAUCAUGGUUACCCUGCCCAGCCAGGCUGGCCUGGAGUUCAUUGUGCAUCACCGUUCAUGCCACUUGGAGCACCUGAGUACAUUGGACCCUUUACACCCUUGUACCCUCCACAGUUCUAUCCCAGGUAGCAGUACCUGCUUGUGUUGGGUGGUGAUGCUCAGUCGCCCAGUGGAACAUGGACUAUGCCCAGGAGUUCAGUUAGGACUAUGGACAAAUAGCCUGGUAUGUUUUGGUUCGUUUGUUUGGUACACUGGAGACUGGAGUUGUUUUUCUUCUAACCUGACAGUCUGGCAUGUAUAUAUUCUUGUGUGUGUGUCUUAGAGAACUUCAGUGAUCUGAGAGACAGCUCAUGUUAUAUGUAGUACUCCGUUCAAAUUCGAAUUUACUGUCUUUUCUGGAUACAUACAUUUUAUUACA